AAGUCCUCUGCUUGCAAUGCAUGGACAAUGUCUGCUGCUCUGAGACUUAUCAGAAGAAUGCUGACCCCAAGGAUAAUUCUAGCAGCCUUUGUGCUCUUCAUCUCAACAUCUCAGUGUUCAACAGCAAAUGAUUCCCCAUUCUCACUCAUUAACAAGGCCACUGGUUUUUGCUUGCUGAAAAAAUUAACCCGCUGCCUUGACGUGCGCUGGACGACCAACGAUCGCCUUUUUGUGACCACAACCAGAAAGUGCCUGGGAGCGCAGGGCAAAAGCGUGGGGAGCGAAGUAAGCCUCUAUGAUUGUGACGACAAGAGUGACCUCCAAAAGUGGGAAUGCCGGAACGAAACACUGCUUGCCCUCAAAGGCCAACAGCUCUACAUUGAAGUAAAACCUGACGAAUCAAUUGCUCUCUCCCGAACUGUCGGGCCGAACAACCAGCUCACAAUCACAGGGACAUCCAGCGGUGCUUGCUCGAGAACACACAGAGAAUAUUAUACCAUUGAAGGAAACGCGUUCGGUAAGAUCUGCAUGUUUCCCUUCCUGUACAAAGACCGGUGGUUUGGAGACUGCACUACGUACGACUCCGCAACGAAGCGUUCCUGGUGUGCAAUUGGAACAAAAUAUGAACAUGAACAGUGGGGAUACUGCCCAAGUACUUCCACAGACCACUGGGCGAAAAACGUUGUAACUGGAGCGUAUUACCAGCUCAACACACAGUCAGUUCUGACGUGGGCUCAGGCUGAAGCCAGCUGCAAACAGCAGGGUACCUCCCUGCUCAGUGUCAUUGAUCCCCAUGAGCAGGCUUUCAUCUCAGCACUACUGGGAUCUGGGAAACACAAACUGUGGAUUGGGUUGGUCCUGGACCCAGAACAUGGUUGGCAGUGGUCUGAUGGGAAGCCCUUCCGUUACCUGAGAUGGACAACAGGAAAUCCACUUCCUAAUCCGGGACACAACUGUGCAUUUCUUGACUCUGCUGGGCAGCAGUCUUGGCAAAGUUCAUCCUGCGCAAAGAAGCUGGGCUACAUCUGCUACAAAGACGGGGCUCCGCCAACCCAUCCACAAAUUGAGCAAGGAUUUUGUUCAAACCCCUGGAUUCCCUAUAAUGGCCACUGCUUCCACCUUCAUCGUUCUACUCAAACAUGGUCUGAUGCUCAGAGAGAGUGCCGCAAAGAAGAAGGGGACCUCGUCAGCAUCCGCAAUGUAGAGGACCAAAGCUUUGUUAUCUCUCAACUUGGAUAUGCUUCCACUGAUGAGCUCUGGAUUGGACUGAAUGACAUAAGGACGGAGGGGCUGUUUGACUGGAGUGACCAUUCUAUUGUCAGCUUCACCAGCUGGAAGUUUGGGACACCUGCUGUCUCCACUGACGCAGAGGACUGCGUUCUAAUCACGGGAGAGAAUGGGAACUGGGCAGAUCGCUCAUGUGAUGAGAAACAUGGCUUUAUCUGUAUGAAGAAGAGUGCCGCUGAAAGCACCGGAGAUGAAGUGGAUAUAGAUGUCGGCUGCAAAGCUGGCUGGAAGAGGCAUGGCUCUUACUGCUACUUCAUAGGAACGGAGACUAAGACGUUUGAUGAAGCUAAAGAUGACUGUCAGGCCUCAGACUCCUACUUAGCUGAUGUUUCAAAUGGGGUGGAUAAUGCAUUCCUUGUCAGCUUGGUGGGGUUGAGACCAGAGAAAUACUUCUGGUUAGGCCUCUCAAACCAGAAAAACAUUGAUGAAUUUGUGUGGACGAAGGGAAACGCAGUGAGAUUUACUCACUGGAAUGUGGAAAUGCCAGGUUAUCAACAGGGUUGUGUUGCUAUUACAACUGGGGUUUUGGCUGGACUUUGGGACCUGCUGCCCUGCACCAAUAAAGAGAAAUACAUCUGCAAACACCUGGCAGAGGGGGCAGUUUUGACUCCUGCACCACCCACUCAAUCUCCUCCCAAGUGUGAAGAAGGCUGGUCUCGAGCGGGGACAAGAAACUACUGCUAUAAGUUUUUUACAGGGCCUCGAUCACACGAGAAGACCUGGUUUGAGGCCAGGGAUUACUGCAGGGCCAUCGGAGGAGACCUGCUCAGCAUCCACAGCGCUGCAGAGCUAUAUGUGGGACGACAUGGAAGAGCCUGGAUUGGACUUAGUGUUCCAGACCCUAGCAGCGGUUACACAUGGAGUGAUGGCUCUGCGCUAAACUUCCAGCACUGGCAGGAAGGAGAGCCAAACAAUCUUAAUGAUGACGAAUCUUGUGCUGUAUUCACAAUGUAUAACUGGGAUGGUGUUGGGUCCUGGAAUGAUGUGAACUGUGAGAGCUAUAAUGACUGGCUGUGUCAGAUCCGCGCAGGAGUGAUUCCAAAACCACCUCCAAACAAUACUGUUGUGGACUAUAACACCACUUCAGAUGGGUGGCUUGUGUGGAGAGGGAACCAGUAUCAUAUUAACAGACAAGUAUUGGCCAUGGAGGAAGCUCGCCACUUCUGCAAGCAGAGACAUGGUGACUUGGUAUCUAUUAGCAGCAAAGAUGAAAAUACUUUCUUAUGGAAACAGGUUUCCAGAAACUACGGGUCCUAUUAUUUAGGUUUGUCAGUGGAUCUUGAUGGGUCAUUCUGGUGGAUGGAUGGUACUCCAAUGGGGGUACAAAGAUGGGAUCAAAAUCAACCACAUACCGAUAGCUUUGAUGAGAACUGUGUUUAUAUGACUUACUAUUUGGGCACCUGGAAAAAUUGUAAUUGUGGCCAAAUGCACCAGUUCAUUUGUAAACGAGGAGGUUCAACCCCUGCCAACACCACCGCAGCCCCCACGGUUCCACCUAAAGGUGGCUGUCCAAUCAAGUGGACCGAAUUCAACUCCAAGUGUUACAAUCUCAUCAGUGACCGGACGACCACCUGGGAAGAAGCAAGGAGACAAUGCAUUACCAUGGGAGGCAAUUUAGUCUCGAUUCCCACAAGGCGUGUCCAAGCAUUUUUGAUCACCAAAAUGGCAGGAGCAUCAGCUUCAGACCUGUGGAUUGGUUUAAAUGCUUUAAAACAAGAUGGGUUUUACUGGGCCGAUGGAAAAGCAAGGCGAUACACCAACUGGGGCUUUAGUAAACAACGGCGCCAUCAAGGGAGCUUUUAUCAAAUGUGGAAUGAGGAAGAGUGCGUUGUGGUCAGCAGCAGUAGCAUUGGUAAAUGGUUGGUUAGGUCCUGCAAUGACACUUAUGGAUUCAUCUGUCAACGAAAUCUUGACCCAAAUUUCCGGCCUCAACCAACUCCAGCAAUUCCAAACAUCUAUGUAACCCUGGGAAAUGACAGCAUCAAGGCUGUGACUAAAAAUCUGACCUGGGAGGAAGCCAAGAAACACUGCGAAGGUGAUAAAGCCAGCCUGGCAAGCCUGCGAAACGAGUGGACACAUGCCUAUGUGGAGCUGCUGGCUAUGAAGCUCAAAGCUCCUGCUUGGAUUGGACUGAACAAACAACAGACUAACGGUUAUUUCAGGUAUAUUGAUGGCUGGCACCUGCAAAUCACCAGCUGGGCUGAAGAUGAACCAAGCAGGGAACGCCCUUGUGUGUAUGUGGAUGUGGAUGGAACAUGGAGGACUGCUUUUUGCAAUCAGACCAUGAACAGUGUUUGCAUACAGACUACAGAUGUGCCGCCUACAGAGUCAACCAAGUUCCCAGGAAUAUGCCCUGAAGAGACUCGUGAGGAGUAUCACCAGAGUUAUUCCUGGAUACCAUUUAAGGGUCAUUGUUAUUUGUUUGUCACAGAUGAAAUUGAAUGGCCAGAUGCAGCUAGUAGCUGUGUGAGACAUGGUGGAAUGCUGGCCAGCAUUGAAGAUCCUGAAGAGCAAACCUUCAUAAAAAACAGCCUGGAAAUAUUUCAAGAUUAUGUCAGCUCUUUCUGGAUUGGCCUGUACAGAACUCAUAAAGGGACAUGGAGGUGGUUGGAUAAAACAGUCAUGGACUACACCAACUGGGCUCUAGACGAGCCCGAGAAUGACUAUGGAGAGAUGAACGCCGCAGAUGGGACUUGGACGACAGGUCGCAGAUGGCACGACAGAGGAUACAUCUGUAAAACACCCAAAGUGAUGUCCUUGGAUUCAGAGUCAAAUCCUGAGCCUCAUGGAGGUCAGGAUCCUCGCAGUCGUGCCCACUCGAGUUUGGUAGUUGUCCUGAUCAUAACUGCCAUUUCUACGCUGAUCGCCAUUGCAUUCUUCCUCUACAAGAGGUCUCCUCGUCCCUUACCCACAUUUGACAAUCCACUCUACUUCGACAGUGAACGAUCCCAGCCGGAUGUGGUUGAUACCAAUAAACUGAUAGAGAAUGCAGAGGCAGAAAACCCUGAGCCUAUUAUAACUCUGUGAUUUACAAAGUAGCAGAAUCUAGUGGGACAUAAACUGUAUCCCACACUGAUGUAUUACACUUUGAUGCUUCAUUAGUAUUUUUGCUUUAUCAUUUUUACUAUAUACAGUAUAUAUUCAGUUAUUUAACAAUGUCACUAAGUGCGAGUUUCAGUGGAGUUGGCAAUGUCUGACCUCAUGGAACAGAACAGUUUAGGCUCUAGGAUGUCUCAAUGGGAAUGACUGUUAUUUGAUUUUUUUCUUUUUAUCUAUGAUUGAAUGUAUAUAAUUGUUACACGUUGGGCCUGUGCUCACUAGAUGCUGUUCAUUGCUUAUAUUCUUGUAUUGUGUAAAAAAUCUCACUGCCUGUCACUGUAAAAUAAACAAUAAACUUGG